GAUAAAUUAAACAAUUAAUGUGUUAGAUAAACACAUUUUAUUUACUCAAAAGAAAUAUUAUUAACAAAAAAUGGACUAACCUCACAAAAUUAAAUAUCAUUAGUCGAAAAUAAUAUUUUUUGUUAGGACCUCGUUAUUUUUCAAAAAAUUAUAAAAAAAAUAAUUCUUUCUUCCUCUAUAUAUCUAAGAAUUACACGUUUUUCAAUAUCCUUCCCGCAUUUUAAAAGCCUCAUGCAACAUGCAAGCAUUCAUUUUUUUCUGUCAACCUGUAGAGGCACAGGAACAAGCAGAGCAAGUAGGCAAAGGUGAAAUUAAAAAAAAAAUGGAAGUGAGUAACAAAUAUAUAGUGAUAAAGCAUCACUUCGAAGAUGCCCCAAAAGAGUCAGAUUUUGAGAUAAAAACAGAGACUUUAGAUUUGUCAGUAGAGGAAGGAAGUGAUGAUAUGAUAGUGAAGAAUCUGUAUAUCUCUAUUAACCCAUUUCAGAUCAACCGCAUGAAGAGCUUUAGCGCUUCCCAAGAUGUUAUCAGUUAUUCCACCCGCAUAACUCCCGGCAGGGCAAUUGAUGGUCCUGGUAUUGGGAAAGUUGUGGCUUCUGGUAACAAUAAGUUCGUGAAAGGUGAUUUGGUUCUUGGAGUAUUCACUUGGGCUGAGUAUUGUUUAGUGAAAGAAAGAACCAUCAUGAGAAAACUAGAGCCCUCCGAAUUUCCACUCACUUAUCAUCUUGGGGUUCUAGAGAUGAUUAAAAAUAACGAAUCCAUGAAGGCCUUUAAAAGGGAAAGGAAGGCUACUGUAGCUCAAAACGUCUCGGCCAAGCCGGCCGGGGAGGGGUCUUCUCAAGUUUCAUCGAAGCCUUUGGUUCCGAGCUCUCCUGGACCGAGGAGGAUGAUCCCUACUCCUCGGGUUUAUUUGGUUGAUCAUUCACAAACUUCUGCUGGUACCUCUUCUCCUUCUGCAACUCCUCCUCCAAAAAGACCCCGGACUGUCGAGCCUUUUAGUUUGGAUGCUCCCGACUUUGAUGCUGUCGGGUUUGUAGAUCAACAUAUUGCUUCUUAUGGUGUCAUGCCUACUGAUGAUGUAUCCAUUCUUUAUCAUUUGGAUUUUAUUACUCGGAGCGGCAUUAAACUGGCACACAUGGGAGCAGCUUUAUACUGGACCGCUCAAGAUCUUCCUAUCCAUGCUACAAAGGCCUUUAUAGAGGAGGCAAAAUCAGAGUUUGACCGGAUUAAAGGUUUGAAAGAGGAGCUUGAGGUGAAAGUGACCAAGCUGGAGAAGGAGUUGGAGGGGGAAAAGACUCGGGCUAUUGGUCUGGCGGCCGCUGUACAAUUAGCUGAGGACACGGCGUUAAAACAUAAGGAUAGCUAUGUUACCACUUAUAGAGAGAUGAUGGAUCUCAGGAACAGCUUAGAAUCUGUCCGGGCCGAUUAUACCUAGCUUCAAGGUCACCUUGUAGGCAGUGUUAAUGCUUCCUAUGACAAUCUGAAGGAGCAAGUUCGAGUACUUGCGCCGGAGCUUGACCUUUCCCUUUUUAGUCUGGACAACAUUGUUAGGGAUGGUAAGAUUGUUCCUGAUGACCCUGAUGAUGAUGAUGAUAUCGAUCGUCCUUCAUUGCCUGCCACCAAAACCUCUGUCGUGCCGACCUCUUUGACUCCCACUGCUGAGGUCGAUCGUCCUGAGUCAGAACCGGAUUGCCACAUCCUGAACCGGGAUAAUGGGACAGUGGAUGCAGUGCCUCUUCAGACUCGUCCUCCUUCACCCCGUGUUGAUGCUACUGAGAAGUCUUUGGAUCCCCAAUGAUUAUUCAGGAUGUUUGUGUAGAUAGCCCGGCUUGUGGGCUUUUAAACUCUUUAUUCUGUGAAUGAUGUUUGCUAACUGUUGACACUCUUUUGGUUGCUUGUUUAGCAACUUUAUUUUGAAAAAACAAAGUAGUUUCCAAGCUUUUGGGGCUGAAUUUUGGUGGCCUCUGAAGCUUGCUAUUAUUACAACUUUAUGUCUUUAUAUAAUAUCUGUCUACACUUGUCUUGGUACCUUUCUAGGUUUUGGGAGUGUUGGAACUUUUCGUUGUCUGACCUCUUUGGGUUGGCUUGAUUCCUUUGCCUGAUGUUAUUUCCAGCAAUUCGCUUUGUUCAGACUUUGUUCAGGUCUUUUUUAGGAAUUAUGUUGUAUAACGUUGGGGUUGCCGAUGUCGUCAUGUCGGUUUAGUCCAAGUUGUUGUUAGUAACCCUCUUUUUUGGACCUUGUUUAGGUCUCUUUCAGUGAUUACUUUCGUAGUUUUAUGUUUUUGGGCCGACUUCAUCAUGUCGGUCUCUUCUAAGUUAUUUUUGUAAUCCUCUUUUUUGGACUUUUGUUCAAGUCUCUUUCAGGAACUACUUUUAUAACUUUUAUGCUUUGAGCCGACUUCAUCCUAUCAGGCCCAUCUAAGUUAUUUUCGUAAUCCUCUUUCUUGGACCUUGUUCAGGUCUCUUUCAGGGAUUACUUUUAUAACUUUUAUGUUUUGGGCCGACUUCAUCACGUCGGGCCCUUCUAAGUUAUUUUGUAAUCCUCUUUCUUGGACCUUGUUCAGGUCUCUUUCAGGGAUUACUUUUAUAACUUUUAUGUUUUGAGCCGACUUCAUCACGUCGGGCCCUUCUAAGUUAUUUUGUAAUCCUCUUUCUUGGACCUUGUUCAGGUCUCUUUUAGGGAUUACUUUUAUAACUUUUAUAUUUUGGGCCGACUUCAUCACGUCGAGCCCUUCUAAGUUAUUUUGUAAUCCUCUUUCUUGGACCUUAUUCAGGGACUACUUUUAUAACUCUUAUGUUUUGGGCCGACUUCAUCACGUCGGACCCUUCUAAGUUAUAGUAAUCCUCUUUUAUAGGGCUGGCCAGACCUCUUUCCAGGGAUUUACUCAUAACUUUGGUUAUUGCAACUGGUCCGACUUCUUUACGUCGGCCAGUCUUUAAGUUAUUUUUUAGCAAUCCAUUUUAUUAGGACCUCGUCAGGUCCUUUCUAUGGAUCACUUUCUAUAACUUCUUGCAUUAUUAUAUUUUCAUCUUUGCCGAUUUUGUAGAGAUUGGGUUUAACCCUCGUUUGGUCGACCUUUUAAUGAAUUUGGUUUUCAUCUUUGGUCUUUAUCGUGAUCGCGUAGUGAAUUUGAUUUUCACUUUCUGCCGAUCUGUAGCUUUAUAAUCGGACGAUGAAUGUUUCAGAUUAAUGCGGCUUGAGCAUUUGUAGAAGAUCUAAACAGAUUUUAUUCAAAAGAAAAUGCAAAUAUAUACAUGCGGGAGGUUUAUCCUCUAAGUCAAGUGAUUUGUAGGUCUUGACUUGGUGCCUCAUUAAAAAACCUUUUCAGGAAAAAGAGUACGCCUUAUCCUAAGAUCCUUUAUCAUCCCUAACUAUAGUACCUUCUUAGGUUGCAGGCGUGCCAUGACCUAGGAAGCUCUCACCCAUCGAGUUCGACAGUCUCUAGUAGCCCUUUCCAAGUACUUAUAUGACUCGGUAGGGUCCUUUCCAGUUUGCUGCCAGCUUUCCUUCUCCAGGUCAAGUUGUUCCGAUAUCAUUUCGGAUUAGCAUGAGGUCGUUCUCAAUGAAAACUCGCUGUACUACCUUUUGAUUGUAUCUCGCAGCCAUUCGUCGUUUUAAUGCUUAUUCCCUAAUCUGAGCUCUUUUUCGGAUUUCCGGAAGUAGGUCAAGUUCUUCCCUUUGAAAUUGGGAGUUGGCUUUCUCACUAUAGUGGAUCACUCUAGGCGACCUUUCUUCAAUCUCCACUGGGAUCAUUGCCUCCAUUCCGUACGCUAAUCGGAAGGGUGAUUCCUUUGUGGUGGAAUGUGGUGUUGUUCGAUACGCCCAUAGGACUUGUGGGAGCUCCUCGGCCCAGGCUCCCUUUGCGUCCUGUAAUCUCCAUUUCAGCCCGGCCAGUAUGACUUUGUUGGCAGCUUCGGCUUGUCAAUUAGCUUGGGAAUGUUCUACGGAAGUGAAUUGUUGUUUUAUAUUCAAGUCGGCUGCUAGCUUUCUGAAGCCUGCAUCUGUGAACUGGGUACCAUUGUCUGUGGUGAUGGAGUAUGGAACCCCGAACCUUGCGACAAUAUUUCUAUAUAGGAAUUUUUGACUUCUUUGAGUAGUGGCAUUAGCUAGAGUUUCUGCCUCGAUCCACUUUGUGAAAUAGUCUAUCCCCACUAUGAGGAAUUUAACUUGUCCCGAUCCCUGAGGGAAGGGUCCAAGAAGGUCGAGUCCCCAUUUUGCGAAUGACCAAGGUGAGGUCAUGCUGAUGAGCUCCUUUGGCGGGGCGAUGUAAAAGUUGGCAUGUUUCUGACAUGAUGGACAUGUCUUUACGAACUCUGUAGCUUCCUUUUGUAGAGUUGGCCAAUAAAAUCCUGCCCGGAGUACUUUCUUAGUAAGUGCUUACGCUCCGAGAUGAUUGCCAGAAAUGCCACUGUGUACUUCUUCUAGAACUUCCUUUGUGUUGGAAGUCGGCACACAUUUUAAUAAUGGUAUUGAAAUCCCUCUUUUGUAUAGAGUGUUAUUUAUGAUAGUGUAGUAUUGUGCUUCCCGUUUUAACCUUUUUGCCUCUUUUUCCUCUGUGGGGAGUGUUUCUGUUUUGAGGUAAUUAAUUAUGGGAGUCAUCCAUCCUUGAUCCUGACCUGUUAUGGCUAGGACUUUUUCUUCUUCUGAAAUUGAUGGGUUCUGCAGAAUUUCUUAGAUGAGGCUUCUAUUGUUGCCCCCUGGUUUGGUGCUGGCUAGUGUUGAGAGUGCAUCAGCUCAGGUAUUCUGUUCUCGGGGUAUGUGACGGACCUCAUAUUCUCCGAGUUGUCCGAGCUGUUUUCUGGUUUUGUCCAAGUACUUUUUCAUGGUGGGAUCUUUGACUUGGUAGCUUCCUGCUAUUUGUGAAGUGACUACUUGUGAGUCGCUGAAGAUGAUAAGCUUUUGAGCUCCAACCUCCCUAGCCAGCUUCAAACCAGCUAGUAGUGCCUCAUAUUCCGCUUGGUUAUUUGAGGCAGGAAACCCGAAUUUGUGGGAGAGUUCGAUUUAGGUUCCUUGGUCGCUUUCAAUUAUCACACCUGCGCCGGUUCCAGUUUUAUUUGAGGAACUGUCCACAUAGAGAUUCCAUUUUGUGGGGGUUUUUCGGUGUGUCUGUAAAUUCUGCAAUGAAGUCAGCCAGGUAUUGUGAUUUGAUGGCUGUCCGAGCUUCGUAUUGAAGAUCAAAUUCAGACAACUCGACUGCCCAUUGCAAGAUUCUGCCCGCUAGGUCUGUUUUCUGUAAAAUCCCUUUUAUGGGCUGGUUGGUCCGAACCCUAAUGGUGUGGGCUUGGAAGUAUGGACGAAGUCGUCGAGAUGUUAGUAUGAGAGCAUAGGCAAACUUUUCUAUUUUUUGGUAGUUCAGCUCGGCUCCCUGUAAUACUUUACUAUUGAAGUAUACGGGUUGUUGCCCACUGUCGUCUUCUCGAACUAGUGCUGAGGCUACUGCCUGACUUCCUACCGCGAGGUACAAUAUGAGUGGUUCUUCUUCCCGUGGCCGAGUUAGGAUAGGUGACUGUCCCAGGAACAUUUUGAAAUCUUGGAAGGCUUGCUCGCACUCCGUUGUCCAUUCAAACUUCUUUCCCUUCCUUAGAGUGGCGUAGAAGGGAAGAGAUCUUAUUGCCGAUCUGACUAGAAAUCUGGACAAGGCUGCCAACCUCCCAUUGAGUUGUUGUACCUCUUUGACACAAGUCGGACUCUUCAUGUCGAGUAUGGCCCGGCAUUUAUCCGGGUUUGCUUUGAUUCCUCUUUGUGUGAGCAUAAAACCCAAGAAUUUGCCAGCUUCUACUGCGAAGGUGCAUUUUGUGGGAUUGAGUCGCAUGCUAUGCCGUCUUAUAGUGUCAAAUACUUGGGUCAGGUUGGACAAUAUCAUCUCUUCAUUUUGUGUCUUUAUUAGCAUGUCGUCCACGUAAACUUCCAUGAUUUUUCCGAUGUGAUCUGAAAAGACCUUAUUCAUUAAUCUCUGAUAAGUAGCUCCAGCAUUUUUAAGACCAAAAGGCAUUACGAUGUAGCAGUAGUUUGCUUUUGGGGUUAAGAAGGAAGUUUUUUCUUGGUCGGGUGGAUACUUGGGAUUUGAUUGUAUCCCGAGUAUGCGUCCAUAAAUGAGAAGUAUUUAUAUCCGGAGGAGGCAUCUACCAGAGUGUCAAUACUUGGGAGUGGAUAAGGAUCUUUUAGGCAGGCUUUGUUGAGAUCAGUGUAGUCGGUGCACAUUCGCCUCUUCCCGUCUGAUUUUUUCACCAAGACGACGUUGGCCAGCCAUAGUGGGUAUUUGACUUCUCUUAUUAACCCUGCCUCCAGUAGAGCUUGUAUCUGCUCUUCCACAGCUUGGGAGCAUUCUGGUCCGAGCUUUCUAUGCCUCUGUUGUACUGGCCGAGAUCCUGGAUAGACUGCUAGCUUGUGGCACAUUAACUUGGGAUCUAUGCCUAGCAUGUCUGCGGCCUUCCACGCAAAGAGGUCGACGUUAUCUCGUAAGAACUGUAUGAGUAAUUCUUUUAUGUCUCCUUUUAGGAUUGUACCGAUAUUGGUCGUUUGGUCCGUGGUGUCCCCGAUCUGGACUUUCUCUAUUUCACCUUCAGGUUGUGGCGGAGUUCUUCCCGCCUCUGAACUCCACCGAGUUUGAUUGUGUGGAAUUCUUCUCCUCUGCCUCUGAGGUUUAGACUUUCAUGGUAACAGCGGCGUGCCGUCUUCUGGUCUGCCUUUAUUGUAGCUAUCCCUUCUGCAGUUGGGAAUUUCAUGCAUAGAUGUGGAGUCCAGACUAUUGCACUGAGCUGAUUCAAUGUUGUCCGACCUAUUAAGGUAUUGUAGGCUGAACUUACGUCGACCACGAUGUAAUCUAUCUUGAGUAUUCUUGACUGGUUUCUUUUUUCGAAGGUUGUGUGCAGCGAGAUGUAUCCAAGUGGUUGAACCGGGGUGUCUCCUAGUCCGAACAGGCUAUUCGGAUAUGCUCUAAGUUCUUUUUCUUCCAAGCCGAGCUUGUCAAAGGCAGUUUUGAACAAGAUGUCGGCGGAGCUCCCUUGGUCUAUCAGUGUGCGGUGGAGAUUUGCGUUUUCCAGUAUAACAGUGAUGACCAUAGGAUCAUCGUGUCCUGAGAUGAUACCGGAUGCGUCUUCUUUGGUGAAAGUAAUCGUGGGGAUGUCGGGUGCUUCCUCCUUCCCUUCAACAUGAUAUAUUUCUUUAAGAUGUCUUUUGCGAGAUGAUUUGGAGAUUCCUUCCCCACAAAUCCGCCGUGUAUCAUGUGGACGUGUCUUUCUGGUGUACAAGAUGAUCGCUCGGUUUGUCCGACAUCUUCUUCUCUUCUUCUUUUUCUUUGCUCAUCGUCCUGGGUGGCAGAUACCGAUCUAGCUUCCCAUCUCUUACUAGCUUUUCUAUGACAUUUUUUAAGUCAAAACAUUCAUUGGUGGAAUGCCCACGGAUUCGAUGAUAUUCACAAUAUUCGGCCCGAUUUUCUCCUCCUUUUUUGCCUUUGAGUGGUCGAGCUGGAGGUAUUUUUUCAGUGUGGCAAACCUCUUUGUAGACAUCCACAAGAGACGCCCGAAGAGGGGGUGUAAUUGUGGUAUUUUUUAUUUUUUCUCCAUGUUGAUCUUCCUUCUUUUUGGACUCUUUGUCCUUAUCCCGGGAGGUGAAUCCGGAUUUUGAGGUCUCUCCUAGUCGAGAAUUUUUCUCCAUGUUGAUGUACUUCUCUGCUCGUUCUUGCAUUUCGUUCAGAGAUGUGGGGUAUUUUUCGAUAUAGAUUGGCUAAAAGGUCCCUCUCGCAAGCCAUUGAUGAGGCCCAUAAUGGCAACCUCUGUUGGUAGGCUCUGUAUGUCCAGGCACGUUUUGUUGAAUCUUUCCAUGUAGUUGCGAAGACUUUUCUGUUCUCCUUGCUUGAUUCCUAAUAGACUUGGGGCAUGCUUAGCCUUGUCUUUUUAGAUGAAGAAUCUGGCCAAAAACUUCUUGGCCAAGUUCUCGAAACUCGAGAUGGACCUAGGAGGUAGAUUGUCGAACCAUCUAAUUGCCGUCUUUGUUAAAGUAGUCAGAAAGGCUUUACAACGAACUGUAUCUGAGGCGUCGGUGAGGUACAUUCUACUUCUGAAAUUGCUGAGAUGAUGGCCGGGAUCUGUAGUGCCGUUGUACAAAGUUAUGUUUUAAAGUCCUUUGGGAUCUUGGUCUUCAUGAUCUCCUUGGUGAAUAGAUCUUGUUCCUUGUGGGAGCUAUCCUCAUGAGGGGAUCGGUUGGCUUUGGUCUUGAGAUCAGCUUCGAGUUUUAGGAGUUUGUCCUCCACUUUCCAGCGUCACCUUAUUUCCUUUUGUAGGUCUUUCUCAGCCUCUCAUUGACGUAUGGCUUCUUCUUUAAGUUUUUUCAAACGGUCUUGAAGCGCCUCCAUGGCUUCCGCGUUUGGAGAAUUUUUUUGUUGUUAAGUUGAGAAGUAUCCUUUGGUGUAGUGUCCACGUUUUUGUGCGGCGUUCUAUCCUCUAGAUCUAAAUUGUGGUCGUUGUCAUGGUCAUCCGCCAUGACGAUUGGAUGACUUCUAGGUUCCCCGGCAACGGCGCCAAUGUUCCGAGGGUUACCUGAAACUGUAGGCCGAUCUCGGACGAGAUCUUCUGUACUGGUCGAAGCUGUUGUGUCCGACUUGUUGGACUUGGUGAUGGUGCUGAUCCUUCAUCAUCGGAGGGUGGUGGUACCUGCAAGGGACUCCGAUGCUUAAGUUAGCAAGGGUAUUAAGCAGGUUUUCAGUAGAAUCAGAGUAUGAGUUAUAUCUGGGUGCUCUAGUGUAUUUAUAAUGGCGUAGAGUGACCUUCUUAGAUAAGAUAAGUUAGUUAUCUUAUCUUAUCUUCAAGUGAGGUCAUCUUAUCUUCAAGGGAACCGCCCUUCUCUCUGUAGGCUUGGGCUGCCUUAGGAUUUGGGGCGUGAUCCUCCAUUUGGGCCAUUUUUGGGCUUUCCUGGUGAUUUGACUGAGCUCUUUGAGAAGAGGUCGGAUUGUCUUGACCUGAAGAGGUUGGUCGACUUGUCAGUAGAACAUCCCGGGUCGCAUAGCUUGACCCAGGGUAUGAACAGUACUCAUGGUGAACAAUUGUAUAGUACUAAAUGAACGAAACAUAAUCCAUUAUAUAAAAUCAAAUUCAAAAUACCUCUAUCUACAAUUUAGAGAUUAUCAAUUCAAUUCAAUUUAAUUCAGAUUCAAAAUACCUGCGUCCAUUUAAUUCAAUUCAAUUCAAUUCAACAAUUGUAUUCCAUUCAAUUCGAUUGAAAAAGUAAUCUAUUAGCAAAAUAUUGGUGUUAUUGGUGAUGACGAUAACGAAAGAAGAGAAGAAGAAAUAGAGGAGGAGGAGGAGGUAUACA